AUGGCAAGUAAUUCACGACGUCGCUUUAGUUUUCUUGAUUUUUCUCAUCCGCAAGUAUGGCAUAAAUUAGUCGAAUAUACAGAAGUGACUAUUUCUCUUGCUCAACUAAUUACGGAUUUUACCAACCAAUGGGCUAGAAUAUGUCUUGGCACGUCGGCUCAAUUGCAACAAUUGGUUAAUGAUUUCCGUAAGAAAACACACAGCGAAGUUCGUGCAAAAUGUCAACUAGGUGGAAUGAUGUAUGAUAUAUGGGAAUCUUUAUUACUUGAAUCGGAAAUUGAAGCACAAUCAUUACAAAAGGUAGCACACGUUAUGGAACAGCUAAUCUACAGAAAAUUAGCAACCUGUAUAAAUAAUAAAGCUCUUCAACUAUCCAUUUAUAAAGAUAAUCGACGUGAUCUGGAUGAAAUAUUAUCAAAAGGUCAUGAGUUCGUCAAAGAAUUACAAAAUAAAUAUGCUGCAGUUUAUAAUACUGCUGGUGUGACAGUCGAUGCUGAUGUUUUUCAUAAUGAAUAUAUGCUUGAAUUGGUCGGUGUCAACAGUCUCUAUUCAAAAUAUAAAUAUAAUAUUCUGCCUGAACUUCUUCAAGGAAUGGAAAAAUCACAACUGGAAACAAUCGAUACAAUUUGUCAAAAUAUUCAAAUGAUGGCUUCCGUUUUACAAGAAUACCACGAACAACGCCAAUCAAGUUUUGCUUCGUUUGUUGUAACAAGUCGAAUAACAAAUGCAAAUGAAGAAUUAGAAACUUAUAUUUGUACGAUAGACGAGAUGAAUGAUAGUUCAACAUCAACACCUGUUCAUAUACAAUUUGAGUCUUUUGUAUCGCCGGUAAAUAGUAAUUCGCACGUUCAAAAUUCAGUGUCGAAUAAUAAUAAUAAUGAACAAUUAAUCAUUUAUGCUACACCGGUUAUUCAAAUGCAAUUAUCGUCCCAUUGUAAAGAAACAUUAAAUCGUUUGAAAGAUAUUAAAAAAGAAAAAUUGUCAUUAUUAGCAAUUGUUAAUCCACAAACAUUGAAAAUUCCAGUUAAACAACAUAACGAUCAACAACAGUCAGACAAGAAAAUACUUAGUCAAAUCAGCGAUUUAAUGAAAGGAAAACAUCACUUACGUCUCAUUGAACUUGAGGAAUCAGUAUUGCUCGCUCAGCAAGAUUUGCUCAAAUCUCGUCGACGAUCGAUGAGUAGUAAUGCUGAUAAUGGACACGAUGCGCACAAGCGCAGCUCAAAAAACAUGAAAGGCCUCUGGCGUGAUGCGUUCCGAGCUUUGAAAACUUCGGCAUCAUCUAGUGGAUCUGGAGACAAUGAAAAUCUUUCGGUAAGUUAA